UUUUUUUUUUUAAUUCUCUUUCUUCUUACUUCACUAGAGAAUAUACCUAUUCAACGUAUAAGGUAAUACAGAUCAAUUAAAGACUGCUAUGGUGAAUAUCAUAUUUAAUAUAUCAUAGAUGACACAUAAAGAACAAAAAAUAAUGACUAAAGAACAAGAAGUGAAUAAUAAAAGAUCAAAUAAGAAAAAUAAUACAAAUUACUAUUAUCAUCGCAAUCAUCGUCAUCAACAUGACCAUAAUAGUAAUCAGUCAUUUAGUAGUGACUUUAUGUCUUAUCAACCUACAAUGCCAUAUCUCUAUUAUUAUCCUCAGCAUCUUUAUUAUUAUCCUUUUGCUCCUCAAUCCGUAUUUAGUUAUAAUGCUUCAAAUAAUAAUAGUCCCACAACAACGCGUGACGAUGAAGAUCUAGAAAUAAUUAUGCAUGAUGAAAGUAGUAGCAGCAUAAAUGAAAUGAACUCCGAUCAAA